CCGUAGUUGAAACAGCGCUCGCGCACUGAGACAUCACCGGGGCUGGCCUCGGUUCGGAAGCGGCGGUUCACGUGACCGCGGUGGUGCAGCGCUGAGCGGCGGUGCCGGUGGUCGCGGUUCACUCAUGGGUUCACGGAGCCGAGCGGUGCAGUGAACAACGGCCCCGCGGAGCCGGUGGGAUGGUCCGUGUGACGCGCCGUGUGCGUUAGUGUGUCCGGCUGUCGGUGCCCUCAUGAUGUAGGCCGGUGAUCCUGCUGGAGGACAGAGCGGUGGAAUUCCUACACCUGUAGAGAAAACUCAGCAGGAGAGUGAAAGGCCAAAGACACACAGGGCUGUAAUUCAUGUGCUGCUCAGUGUCUGCUGGGCAAAAUGAGUACAGACAGACCCAAACGCAAUAUCAUCAAGAAGAAAUAUGACAUCAGUGAUGGGAUGCCGUGGUGUGAAGAACGUCUGGUUCGCAAAGUUCUUUUCCUCUCCCUCAGGGAAUUCAGAGACACACACCGUGCCACACAUAAGCACUCACAAGUACACACACGCGCACACAAACACACAUCAAAGAAUACACUUCUACAUGGUCCGCGAACACAGACAUUACCUAACACACACACGCAAAAAACCACACGCACACGACAGAGUGUCCAGGCCUCGCAACAAAGAGUCACACACAGACCUCCUAACACACAUACACAGAGAAACACACACAGUUCACAAAAUAUACACAUUUCAAAACACAUACACCAUCAUGAACUCACCAACCAAGGGCAAAAAACGAACUUGUCUCAGGACUUACACACACCAAAAACUAAAUGUACCUACACACUACAGAACGUUCAGACCAAGUCAAAAAUGUAUGCAGGUAAAAUUACACAUAAUGCGCAGGAUACAGACACACAAGACAACUCACACACGUUGCAGAGGAAUGCUGAAACGACCAGGACUCUACGCUCACAUAAAACACAAAAUACUCUGCUGCUGCCCGUCGCCAAAUACUCAGAAACUGAAAAACACAAGCGCUCAGUGAAAAACAGCUGCACUUCUGGAAACACACGGAUGAUGCUGAGCGGUCCUGUCCCAGCCAGGAGUCUGAGAUCACACACUCCCACGAGACUCAAUGGCUCCGUGGUUAACGGCAUCAGCCGCUGUCAGUCCCUCCUGUCAACUGGUCCCAGUUGGAGCUGGCCCUUACAGACACGCCCUCAACAGCGGCGCCCUGCCAGCAUUUAUCGUGAGAAGGAUGAUGCUGCAGGCAAAAGACCGAGGCUGCAAGCACAGAGGAAGUUCGCCCAAUCCCCCCCAAGCUCGCCAGGACCACCAGCACUGGUGACAUCAGCACAGAGCAACCACAGUCACAACGUGGCCGUAGUCACCUGUCUGACCCGACGACGACCCAAGACUGAGGAUUUCUUGUCUUUUCUCUGUUUGAGAGGUUCAGCAGCACUGCCUAGCAACAUGGCCUUCUUAGCAAGUGGACGAGUGAGGGAGCCAUCUGAAACUCGGCGUCUUACUUCCUGUCUUUCCACCAAUCACAGGACUGCAGCUGAUGGAAAAAAAACGAGUAUAUUUAGUCGAACAGCAGUGCAGAGGGACUCGAGGUCUCUGAGAGGCAGGACUGGAGGCUCUGCAGCAGUCGGCUCUCUCUGUGCUCUUUCUGCUCGAGAACAGAGUAGGAAGGAAAGAGGGGGGAGAGAGGAGGAACAUCGGAGGAGGAGGAGAGAGAGGAUGGAGGAGGACAGGAGAGGGGGGGCUGGGAGACACCUUGUGAGGCCUCGCCAGCUCUCCCUACAGGUCAGGAGGACGAACAAGGUUGCCAUGGUGACUGGAGUUGCUAAAGAAAGAACUUCCUGUGUCAGGCCAGUUCCUCCCUUAAAGCCUAGCGCAGGGGUUGGCAGUAGACGAUCACCCAGGUCCUGCACAAGGUCAAGAAAUACCUGUAAACCAAGAGGCCAUCCCCAAAGCAAACCCCAGGAAACCAGCAACAAACACAUCUCCCGGCAAAGCAACCACCAGCUGCCUCGAAAACACCCCCUUCCUCUCCACCACCGAACAGUCAUUAACUGCCAUAGCAAUCCCAAGACCUUCCAUAGUCUUCAGAACUCAGGAAAAAAAUCUAGUAGGAUCCCAGCUCAAACACCACUGACUAAUGGCUCAGUCAUCACACGUCUAAGUGAGAACUCUGGGGUCCUGAGGUCGUCCAGGAGGAGGAGAGGUCUCCCACCAGACACCAGCCCUGCCCCUCCCAGUCAGGUUCCUUCGGACAAGAACUCAUCAAAGAAGUGCAGAACGGUGCAGAAAAACAAAGGUGAUGUCUCACUGGAGAAUGAUUGCCAUAUUGGUGGGAUGCUAAAGAAGGAGGCCAGCAGUGAUAAAGAUGUCAGAGAGGAGUGUGUGAAACAUGUGGGUAAAAUCGCUUGGAGCAACAAUGAAGAACCUGGACAAGGCAGGUGUGGCCAUGUUGAAGAGAUGAUCCUUAAGAGGGGUGGUGUUAUUGAUGAGGACCUGCAGGACCAGAUGAAUGUUGGAAAAUUUAGUGUGGCAAGCAUCACUGCUCCUGAGCCCUCUCAAGAAAGGCUCAACUUUACCAACAUCAUCUCAGACUUUGACCUUGGCCCUGUCAGCGAGGUCAUAGUCAGACAUAAAAGGCUCCAGAGAAAUCAGUCCACUUCAUCCACAAUAAUUAGGCCAAUCACCAGGACUACUGAUUCUAGGACUGUUGCCAUAGCUGCCACUCCAAGGACUACUCUAACUCAAGCUGCUAUCAACUCAGAGACAUCUCCAUGUGUACACACUGAACCAUCAGGCACGUAUUCUGCCAAGCACAGUGCUAAGGCAACUAACAAAGGUACUAGCAAGGACACUAUCAAGUGUACUUCUCCAACCAGCAGUUACUCUAUCCCUAAUUCCCAAGGUGCUGUAAAAGACUCUUCCAAUAGUACCCCAGAGGACUUGGCUAAUGUCAGUAGCUGUUCUAGCACUUCCAAGGGCUCUACAAAGGGCCUUACCCAGACCAAGUCUACUACCUCAGCUAUGAAGACCAGGACCAGCCCUCGAAUUCUUUUGAAACGAUAACACCUGAGCUACAUCUGAAAACGAGUCAGUGUUUUAUAUAAAGAGAAUCCUCAAUUAGAACAAUAUUUAUUGGAUCAUAAUUGGAUACUGUUAAUAAUAGGUGAUGCAGGGUGAUGGUUAUUGGCUGGUUGGAUAGUGACAUAGUGUCUAUGGCUUGUUCUCGCAUCUGUCUGUGAUAGUGGGAUCAUUUAAAUUCAUUAUAAGUAAAAUCAAUUAUCGUUAGACAGCAUAGAGGGAGACAAGUUGUAUAGUGUGUGUAUAGUGAAAAGACUGAUUUGUGGCGCCUCCCGGCUGUAUCCUACAUAGUAGCGCAGUAUGUUUGUAUUAUAUUCAGAAGGAAAGGGCACUGGCUAAAUGAACGCACGUACAUACGUACAGUCAGUCUGCUGAACAGUUUUCAGUAGCAGUUAUUCUUAUUUGCCUUUGCCCUGGUGGUUUCGGUGUGGUCGUUGGGAACCCACUGCCGCUUAUUGUAAACAGGAAUCAUCUGUUCAAGGGUGUCUGGACUGAUAACAUCUUAAGAGUUCCUCACCAUAAAUACUCAGAAGGAGCAGGAGGUUCAACUUUUUUUGUCUGUCAAAGUACAAGUCAAUUGCUUAUACGAUCAAUGAGACAGGUUUACUGGCAGUAUUCAUUUUCCUGUUUAUUGAAAGAUCCCUUCCCAAAUCAAUAUUAGUGGAAGUGAUGGACGACAGAACUUAGUCUGAGACUGCUGAAACCUCAUGUCAUAUCCAUAUAAACUUUAGAAUGUAUUCUUGUGUAAAGUGAGGAGGAUGGAUGUUGUUCCAUUCAUAGUCAUUAAAGUUUCUUGUAAUAGCCAUUUUGAACAGGAGAAAUGAUUACAGCGAGAAACCCUGUUUUAACAUCCAUAUGGGCAUCCAAGUCACCAGCUCAACUGUCUUCACCAGCCUAAAGCUGCUUUCAGACAUACACUGAACUCUGGAGAUCCCUCGGACAUUCUCUGGAGGGGCUGCAUAUGUGAACACAAAUGUCCAAGGGAGAGCCUCUGGACUUUCUGUGGAGUUUCCUUACCCAGCUCCCUUGUAAAAAGUCUGCAGAUAGUCCGAAGUAGACGAUGUCAGAACACAGCAGGAGCUCCUCGCAGGAUUCACCGUGACAGACGGAAAAAUGAAAAAAAAACCUUCAACAAAUAUCUCAGGAUGAAAAAGUGGUGCCAUACACGUAGAAGACACUGAAGAUGUCAAGAGAGUUGAGUUUGGUGAUAAGAGCCGACGCUGGUUGUGGAUGUGCUGUGAACAAAAACACAUGAUCUCUGCAGCAGAAUGAUUAAGUGACAUCCUGCCUCUGCCUGCUGCUCCACCCUCACCUGAACACUCCGGAGAUGUGAGCGGAGAAUCUCUUUGGAAACAUUUGGAGAAAGUUCGGACCCAAUCUUCCGGACAUCCUUAAGAGGUAAUGUCUGAAAACUGCUCAUCUAACAUCAGGAAGACUCUUCAGUCCACUGUUCUUCUUGUUGGAAAAAAAUGUUUUGAAGUAGGUCACAUGUGAAAUAUACAGGAACAACUAUGGUGUUGUUUUUACCUGUGUUUUCGAUCUUUUUACGUUUUUAUUGCCCGCUCCGUACCCCCCGACUUGGUGUGUGAGAAACAGCGGUGGCUGCGUACUCACAUGCGGCUUGUUUCUGAGUCGUGUGGUCUGACACUUUUGUAGAUAUAAGAGGACAUUUGUUUUGUGAGGCGGCUGUAGACAGAAACUGUAAAAAGAAACACUUGCGGUUUGACCUUCACUGUUAAUGUGACCAUCAUAUUUGACUGUAUGAACCCCGUAGAUGUUGUGGAUUUUACUGGACUGUCAGAAGGUUUUAGGAUGACAUCAGGUGCUAUCCGGUGCUAUUAACUUGCUCAUUGAUUAUAAUUUUUUUGGGGUAGAUGAGUAGUAGAGUUAUGUGGCUGUAUUGAAUAAAACGAGUCAGCACAUUUAUUAAUUUUGCACAUUUCCACACAGUUAAAAAAAACUGUAUGACUCUAAACGCCACUGUGGGUGACAGCAGUGGACACUGCUGCCUUUGCUUUAUUUUAAACAAACACUUUCCAUGAAAAACAUUGUUGUUCCCACCAUUAAAUAAGUAACUGACAAAUUUAGUAUUUGUAAAUUAGCUAUUUCUACUCCGUCCAUAUGUAUGCUGUGUUUUAUCAGUGUAAAUCAGCAGUUAGUGUGUUAAUUUAACACAUUAAAACUAAGAUAUAAAUAAAGGCAUGAAUCCGUUUGAGAUGCGGAACUUUGAUCAAACAUACACUGUCGUUAUUUCUUAAUGUAAGUAUGGGGUUUGUAGAGGAAGCAGUUGUUACAACUCACUUCAAAAGCUACUUCUUAAAUACUUACAUUUUUAAGUGAAAGCUCUUCCACUUAUGAUACUGUGAAGCAUUGCUUAACACUGACUCAUCAGAGUGCUCUUCCAUAAAGUAUAAAACAGUUUACCACACAGUGACACUGUCAAAUGGUAACACCACAGUUUUUUUGUGAAAGUGCUUCCUUUUUUUUGUUUCAAGUGUUUAAUGCUUCCUGCUAAGUGAAUUCAUCAGUGAUCAUUAGUUCCACAGGUUGUUGCUGCAGACUAAUCACUGGAUGUACACUGUAUGACUCAUUGCUAAAUGGAUCUGCAGUGUACUAUGUGCUGACAUUUGCAUGAACAUGUGCAUAUUAUUCAGCACCUCACACGAUUCAUUCAUCUGUCGCAACGAUUUUCAAUCGCAAAAGCGAGCAAUAUAAAUGUGUUUAUUGCAGCGACUGAUCUCAUGUGGACGGAGACAACUGUCCUCCAAAAUGGGUCCUCGAAUAAAUCAAUUCAUGCCUUGUUUCCAUUAAUUCAUGUGUCAUGUAUCCCAUGCUAGUUACCGGUAAAACAACUUUAAAGUGUUAUUGAAGUUUAUGAGCAAACUUGUUCAGCCCCAAGUGAACAUGAAAACGUCUGUGCAGAGAAAGUGUAAGGAAAGUGUCUGUAAAAAGUCUGUAAAUGUGAAUGAUAUGAAUGAGAAUUUUAGAUAAAAUUUC